UGCUGAAACCGAAAGCGUUGUGCCUCGGGUGGCGGGCAGAGAUUGGUUCACCUUCACCUGCGCGAGUCCCAGCCGACCCGGGCGCGGAGCCGGCCGAGCGGUGAGACAUGAACGGAAGAGUGGAUUACUUGGUCACUGAGGAGGAAAUCAAUCUUACGAGGGGACCCUCGGGGCUGGGCUUCAACAUCGUCGGUGGGACAGAUCAGCAGUAUGUCUCCAACGACAGUGGCAUCUACGUCAGCCGCAUCAAAGAGAAUGGGGCUGCGGCCCUGGAUGGGCGGCUCCAGGAGGGUGAUAAGAUCCUCUCGGUAAAUGGCCAAGACCUAAGGAACUUACUGCACCAGGAUGCUGUAGACCUCUUUCGUAAUGCAGGCUAUGCUGUGUCCCUAAGAGUGCAGCACAGGGUACAAGUGCAGAACGGGCCUCUAGGACAUCGAAGUGAAGGGGAGCCAAGUGGCAUCCCCAUAGCUCUGGUGCUGGUGCCAGUGUUCGCCCUCACCGUGAUAGCAGCCUGGGCCUUCAUGAAAUACCGGCAGCAACUUUGAAAAGCUUAGUCUCUUCCAGUGCUCCCAAUAGAAGACACAUUUCUCUCUCCCUCUCACCUUCGUCCCCUGCCAUUCUCCCAUAUCCUUCCCUCUCUCUGCACAGCCAACACAUCAUUGACAGAGACUGCUACCCAAACAGGACCUCGCUAUCCCAAAUCUCCACAUCCUCAUAUCUCAUGGGAGAGUGAAGGCAUUGUUUGAAAGAAGACUGAAGAAAAGACCUGCCUAGAACAAAUGGGGAGUUACAUAUUUUGCUAGGACCACCAAUAGAAGUUCAGCUACAACCCAAAGAGGGAACAGUCCAGUCUUCCCAUCAGCACGGGUGAUACCUUUCUCUUAGCUGGCAUGCCUCAAAGGCCAGCUCUGUGAUAGAAGAGAAGAGAGGAUUUUUCUUCUUAAUGAUCUUCUUGGAAGUUUUUAUGGCCUUUAUUUAAUUUCUAUCUACAUACUUGGGUGCCUAUAUGAAAUACAGGAUAAUGACAGCAUUUUUACUUUUUUUAAAAAAGCAAGUGUGUGUGCACACAUACAUCCAUACAUGACAGUAUGAUAGUAAUGCCUUAUGGAGAAUUAAAAAGGUGGAAAGCUGCUCUGUGGUUUCAGGUUUCUGAUAUAAGGGAAGUUCUUAAUGGAAGAAUUUGAUAUAUAGCAGGAGUGAGAGAGUAAGCCUUGAAAGAGGAUGGCCAAUCUGAGUCAUUUUAAAAAGAAAAAAGAAAAACCGAAGCAACUAAUUAAAAAUCUUAGAAAAAUAUUUCUUAUACUAGCUAUGCUUCGGAAGUGGAAGUAUGCCAUAAUCCAGCUUUGUGAAGUCCAUCUGUUCCCCAAACUUUGAAAUUUAGAGAGAUAAAUCUUACCGGUUUUCUGGGCCUUCCUAGUCACUUUUCUGAUACCUCAUAGUCCUAGUAAAGGAUCAGCUAGAAAACUGUGGUCAGAGCUUUGGUGAUGCAGCCAAACCAACCCAGUGAAAAAAAAAACUAGAAGACAAAAGGAUAAUGCUUCCAGGGUAGCCCCUGAACCCUCUCAGGCCAUCUAAUAGACUUUUUGGUUUCUAGUAAUAGGCAAAUUGAGAGCAGGAACUGCUCUCCGGCAGGAUGCACAUGAAAUCAGCUCUGCUUCUGAUUCAGUUGAGAGGGUUUGGAUUGCAGGGGUUUUUUGAAUGGCUCUAAACACCGGCUUUGGCUUCUAAUGAGUAAACCGUUUUUGCAGGGAAGAAGAAAAGAGGUUUUAUUGUUUUUGUGGGUAGGGAAGUUUGGUGGAUGUUUCGUGGGGAAACCUUGAGAGAAGGAUAUGUUUGAAUGGAUGCUCAGGAUGCCCACGGAUAUUAAUGAGGUGGGAACCACAUUCUGUUCAUUUGAUAGCAAACAUUGGUUUUAAAGCACUAAGAGCUAAACCAAGGCUAAUUCUCUGGCUUUAAAAAAAUAAUUUCCAUCCUCCAAGCAUACUGGCCAGACUAUAGCCCUUAUAUAAUCCUGGCAAGAGUAUGAAGACUCCCUGAGGCAAUCAUUUGUGUCCAAUUUUCAGCAUGGAUAAUCCAGUAAGUGUUUUAGAGCUGCUGCUUGGACACCAGCUUUGUUAAGGCACUUUUACAAAGAAGAUCACAUUUAUAUUGUGGAUAGCAAAAGGGAAUGAUUACUGAGAUUCAAGACACAAGAGAAAAUUCUAUGGAGGAAGAGGACAAAUUAAGGACCCUAGAGGAGCUCAGGGUCUAGUUAGGAGAUUUCAUAAAUAGAUGAGUAAAAGUAUAUUAUCAGGUUGAGUGACAGUCAAAAACAAUAAGUGGGAAAAAUUCAGAAUACGACGUAGCAACAGAUGAGCAGACAGCCAUCCUAUUUUUCUAUUCAGGAAUUCCAAAAAAGAAAGCUGUCACAUAUGGGAUCAGGCCAGAGCAGAAAGGGAAGGCUUAUAAAAAUAACCCUCGUAAGACUGGUACAGGGAGAAACUUGCUUUAAACAAUCCUGAUAGGACUGAGGCCUUAGACCCCAAGUAUUCAGUAUCUUCCAGCCUCACUUAGCUGCCCCUGUAGGUCAGCGACACACAGUAUUCCAGGUCUCACCUCAGACAGCGCUGCUGUGGGGACACAAGCCCUGCCCCUCCCUGCAUCUGGAGACUUGUGCAGCAGUUUCUGCAGUGUACUUGUUUCCCUCCCAGGAUUCAUCUCAGGGUUUGGACAUUAACUCCUGAGAGGACCUUGAGAUACUCAGAAUGAAGCAAAUGGCAAGCAGGGGGAAAGCUAUCUAGUUUUUUUAUUUGUUGGUAGAUGUAAAUAGAACGGACCCUUAUCUCUUUGUUGGUAGAAGUUUUGCUUUGUUUAAUAAUUAGGGAUUCUUAUGCACUUUAAUAAUUUAGAUUUUCUUUGGAAUUAAGUAGCAUUUAAAGAUCCAUGAUUAAAGUUUUUAGGCAAGUAUGCUAUUCAGUUUUUAUUUCUGAUUCUUUAAGAAACUAUUGUCCUAGAUGAGGUAUCAGAGUCCAUUGUAGGUCAUUAAAAAGAUUCAUGAUCUUUAUAGAUUGAAUCUAAGUUUCUUUCACUUUAUAGAUUUUAUCAAAUAUUCCUGCUACCUAAAUUACUAUGUUCAAAGUUUUGAAGAUUGAAAGUAAUUUUAAGACAAUAUGCUGAAAACACUUCUCUGUAUUUAUCAUCUUCUAUGACACCUAUGAUUUUGAUAAGACAUUGUUUGCUUCAGUUGUCUCUCUUUUCCUUCCAAGUUUUAAUAUGUGCAAUUGAUUUAACUUAAUUGCUCACGCCAUCUUGCCAUGUGUGAUGGAAAAAAGAAAUUAAUAUUUGAUACUGCAUUUUGUGGCAGGUAGUCUACUAAUCACAGUGGGUACACUAUUUGUUCAUGACUCACCACUCUGAGAUCUAAGUAUUGUUAAAAAGACACUAAAGAAAAGAGAAUAAAUUACUUUCCCUAAGAUUACAGAUAGGUUAAUGAUAGAAUCAGGAUAUAACUUAGGACUUCAGGUGCCACUGUCAAUGAUAUUUCUCACUGGCAGCAGCUCUCAACAAAAGCAUCAGCAUCACUGAGGAAGUUGUUAGAAAAGUAAAUUCUUGGGCUUCACCCCAGACCUACUGAAUCACACUGUGUACAGCACCCAGCAAUCUGUUUUAGCAAUACCUCCAGGUGACUGAUUCGCGGUAAAGUUUGGGAAUCACUGCUCUAUGCCAAUAGUUGUCCCCUUUUUCUCAGGUUAGAAUCAUCUGAAUAGCUUAUAAAAUUCUGGUUGCACAUAGACCAUUCAAAUAAAAUCUCUGGGGAUGGGACUCAGGCAGCAGUGAACUCAAGUUUAUCAUGUGAUUCCACUAUGCAAUGUCACCAAACAAUGCCCUGUGGCAUUUAAAUUACUAAAUAAAAACUUUAAAAAAUAAAUUAUCAAAUCAUAUACAGGCAUGCCCUCCAAGGUAAAAUGAGAAUUUCACUUGGGCCUUUUAAGAGCCCAGCUCUCUGAGCUUCUGCCCAAGUACAGAUGUGGAAUAAGAAGUGGAGCAUUCUACGGCUUAUUUGCUAAGGACUGGCCAGCAAAAUGUAUUAGUUUUUCAGUUUGUGCAUCUAUUAAAUUAGAACCCAAUCAAAGGACAUUGGAGCUAGGGACGCCUAGGUGGCUUAGCAGUUGAGUAUCUGCCUUUGCCUCUGGAAUUCCAGGAUUGAGUCCUGCAUCGGGCUCCUGCAUGGAAGCAUGCUUCUCCCUCUGCCUGUGUCUCUGCCUCUCUUUGUAUGUCUCAUGAAUAAGUAAAUAAAAUCUUUAAAAAAAAUAUUGGCGCUAUAAAAAAUAUUGGCGCUAAAAGGGAAUGAGAAAGAUUCUGGAUGAGUCUAUCUGAGAGAUGAAAAAUCAAAGCUCAGAGAGGUAAACUAUUAUCAAAGACUCAGUCUGUUACAGAGGUGCCCUUUCUGUCUCCUAUUUAUAUCAUGAAUGUAUCCACUACAUGAACAUAGAUGAAAUUAUCCUUUUUAUCUCAAUUCACUUCUAUAUUUCUCUUGGGCCUUGAAUAACGACUGGGGAUUGCAAACUCAUGCAGAACUGGGAGAUUCCACAGAAUAACCUCCGAAAGCCCUAAUGUAAAAUUCAAUCACAUGAGUUCUGUGACUAGUGUAUUUUUUGAUGUUGGACAUUGUUUUUAUUGUGGAAACAGCAAUUUAAACAGUAUAUUUAAAGAAAUGGAACAACAUAAACAGGCUGUCAAGUAUGGGCGGUGGGGGGAAGUGGCAUUCAUGUAAUUUCAUGUGGAGCCAAUAAAGAUUUUAUUCUAGUCCA